CUAACGGAGUGUUUCAAAAUCUAUUUGCUAAAUCGUCGCAUUUUAAACAGCUUAUACAAACGAAAUACUCAUAUCUUUUACAAAAUGGGAACCAGAGAUGAUGAAUACGAUUAUCUGUUUAAAGUGGUUCUGAUAGGAGACUCGGGUGUGGGCAAGAGCAACCUGCUCUCUCGUUUCACCCGGAAUGAGUUUAACCUGGAGAGUAAGAGCACCAUUGGAGUGGAGUUUGCCACCCGCAGUAUCCAGGUGGAUGGGAAAACGGUGAAGGCUCAGAUCUGGGACACGGCAGGACAGGAGCGCUACCGGGCUAUCACCUCAGCGUACUACAGAGGCGCGGUGGGGGCCCUGUUGGUCUAUGACAUCGCCAAGCACCUGACCUAUGAAAAUGUGGAGCGGUGGUUGAAAGAGCUGAGAGACCAUGCAGACACCAACAUCGUCAUCAUGCUGGUCGGCAACAAGAGCGACCUGCGCCACCUCCGGGCCGUGCCCACCGACGAGGCCCGGGCGUUCGCAGAGAAAAACGGUUUGUCUUUCCUUGAGACGUCAGCCCUGGAUUCCACCAACGUUGAAACGGCUUUCCAGACCAUUCUGACAGAAAUCUAUCGUAUCGUCUCUCAGAAGCAGAUGUCAGAGCGUCAGGAGAGCGACAUGUCUCCUAGCAACAAUGUGGUCAACAUCCAGGUGCAGCCCACUGAGAACAAACCAAAGAUGCAGUGCUGUCAGAACAUCUAGCCCCGCCCACAUUACCACUACACCUCCACCCCCUCAUAUACCCUGU